AGUCAACAACAUUGAUAAAUUCAAGAUUUGUUAUAGAUAAGACUUGUUAGAAACUAUAUAAAUACCAUAACAUUCGGAUAACCAUAUUGUUCUCACUGAAGCUGAUAAAAGUGAUAAACGCGGGUCAAGAUGUUGGUUAUAUCGAAGUUGCUGUGUGCAUUUUUACCCUUCUUUUCCUAUUGUACUGAAAAUGUGGUUGGGAAGGAUAUUUCGAAGUUCAUAAACUGUGGCCCUAAUACCAUCAAUACAAUAUCGCUAUCCCCCUGUGAGGUGGAACCAUGCGUUUUCCACAAAGGCUACAACGUGACGGUCUCCAUCGACUUCAAUACAGAUUCUCCGCUGGUUUCUGCGGUGAAGACGAAGGUUUACGGUCAGGUGGCGGGCAUAUUUGUUCCGUACAGUCUGCCGAACACGGAUGGCUGUGUGAGCUGUAACCUGACGUGCCCCCUCACCAGCGGCGCACACACAUACGUUAACGUAUUUCCCGUGUUGGCGAUCUACCCGGAUAUCAAGCUCGUGGUGAAAUGGGAGCUCGUGGACCAGGAUGGAAACCUUUUGGUGUGUUUCGAAUUUCCCAUGUCCAUCGUGGGAUAACAAGAGACUGGUCAUAUUACAUACACCUUACAUAAUGGACUGAGUUGAUGCCAAGUUAAACCAGGGGCCGCAUUAAAAAAACAUCUUUAAGUCAUUUCCUAACUUAAGUGGAUUUAAAAAAAAAAAUCAUAGUCAAAUUAAAAUAAAUUAUAAAUGUUUUUAAUUAUAAAGUGGUUUUUUUUUUCAAAAUUGUCAUUAAAAAUAAUGAAUGUCAGUUAUUAUUAAGUUUUUUUAUCAUAUGACCAAUAAAAUUAGGAAAGUGACGGAAGUCAAGGAAAUUGACUUUCAAUAUGCUUUUUGAUUAUCAGUCCAGCUGUACAGAACUACAGUUAUAUCCGAAAAUUGACCAGAAAAGCUGCUUUAGCAUGUAUAAUGAAUUAUAGUAUUUCUGAAGUAUAAGUUUUAGCUUAAGACAAAAAAAAACACACUAACAAGUAGGAUUUUUUAAUAAAAAUAAAUAGAAAUAUACUUUUCCAUGUUUUCAUAUUCUUCGUUAUUUUUCAGAACAUUAAGAUAAUGAUUACAAUCGAAUAUUUUUUCCGUUAAAUAUACUAUUGAAUUGCCUUUUCAUACAAGUUCGUUCUUUUUGAAGUACUUGUUGAUGAUAUCUAUUGCCUUUUUAUAUUGUCGUUAAAUAUGAGACAAAAUGACGCAAGUAUCAAUGCAUUGUGUGAACCGAACACUUGUUAUCUAAGAACAAACAGUUUAAAGCUGCCCAUGUUUUAUGGCUAAAAGCUUUACUUACAAUUUAAGAAAAAUGGGAUUUUCGGCACUUUACCAACCAAAUAUGAAUUGUUCUGUUGGGAGUUAUACGAGCUGAUUCUUAUACGAGCAGAUAAGCUGAUUCUUAUACGAGCUGAUUCUUAUAUGAGCAGAUAAGCUGAUUCUUAUACGAGCUGAUUCUUAUACGAGCUGAUUCUUAUACGAGCUGAUAAGCUGAUUCUUAUACGAGCUGAUUCUUAUACGAGCUGAUUCUUAUACGAGCUGAUAAGCUGAUUCUUAUACGAGCUGAUUCUUAUACGAGCUGAUUCUUAUACGAGCUGAUAAGCUGAUUCUUAUACGAGCUGAUUCUUAUAUGAGCUGAUUCUUAUAUGAGCUGAUAAGCUGAUUCUUAUACGAGCUGAUUCUUAUACGAGCUGAUAAGCUGAUUCUUAUACGAGCUGAUUCUUAUACGAGCUGAUUCUUAUACGAGCUGAUAAGCUGAUUCUUAUACGAGCUGAUUCUUAUACGAGCUGAUAAGCUGAUUCUUAUACGAGCUGAUUCUUAUACGAGCUGAUUCUUAUAUGAGCUGAUUCUUAUACGAGCUGAUUCUUAUACGAGCAGAUAAGCUGAUUCUUAUACGAGCUGAUUCUUAUACGAGCUGAUUCUUAUAUCAGCUGAUUCGGAGACAAAAAAAAAUAAAAAGGUCAAAACUGACAGUUUGUGAGAGUGCAGCUUUAAAAGUACAAGGUCACUUUCGAAAACAUUUUGCAACAUUCUAUCUAAAAUAUCUCUGACUAAGUCAGUUGUCCGAGGUUAUCAAGUUAGUGUUAAAUGUAAAAUCAUGAAUAUAGUGAAUGGUACACAUAAUAUGAACAGUGAUACUUUCGCAAUGGUUUAUUAG